CUCCCUCGUUCUGUCUCUCGUCGAUCUCAUGGUAGCUAUAUUUAGUCGGUAUCUAUUUAAGCCAUUCCACUAUACGCCCCACAAUGCUCCGGGGGCCCGAAGCUAGAUUCAGUAGGCUACUCUUGGGAGGCACUCAAUUAGGAGACCUAAAUUGCGGAGCUGCGAGAGAAUUGAAUUUGGGGAGUGAAGUGUGUCAUUACCCAGAAAAUGUGGUGUCAAUGUAAGUGGUUCGCUCUUUCUGCAUUCAAUAACGAAGGCCAGACUACACGAGGAUAAAUAUGUAUCUCUGUUAUGUCUGCUACCUUUUGUUUGAGAGGAAAGGGGUUAUGAAGCUCUAAUACCUGACACUCGUGUCUGACUUGCCGAUGACAUUCAUACGUCUGUUUCUGCUUGACUGAUUUGGUCUGGAAAGAUCGUGUUGGUCAGAAGCAUUACUACAGAUGGAGAUUCAGGGAAAAAACUGCACUAAAUGUGAAUCUUAUGGUGAAAAAAGUAAAAUUCUGUAAUAUUUCCAUCAGAAUAGGUAUUUCUGGUGGUGAGGACACAUUUAUUUGAACAGAUCAGUAGUUUUGAAAUGGCCCAUUGUGCCGUCUGUAUCCCUAGAAUGGUGCCGGCCUUGGUUACCUCUGUCCCGUGCCAAAACCUUCCCCAGCUCGUCAAAAGCCAGGGAGUCGGGCAAAGCCUCUCGGGGGCCAUGUCAGGUGGCAGCAGUGCUAACAGCGGGACCACCCUCACUCCUCAGGAGACUGUUGCUGAGACCCUGAGGCCUUUGGCAGAGGGGACGGAGCAACAUGGAGAAAGCUUUACGUCUGCAGCAGGUUCUGAGGAGAACCGGCCUGCAGAGCGGCUUCCUGUGGAGGGCCACCUGGUAUCAGAAGAAACAACUGAAGGGCUAAGUGGAGACACGAGCACGGAGCAGCACACUGACGCUUCUGUUCCCACCUCUUUGGACGUCUCCGACAGCUCCGUUGCUGGCAGGGAUGCACUCAGCCAAUCGGAGGGCCUCCCUGAGGGCACGACGCUGUCGGGCCCUGACCCCGAUUCAUUUUCAGACUCCUACAGCCACAUAACCCCCUCCCCAGAUGAGCGCCCAGCCUCGCUGCUGACCUCAGAGACUCUGGGAGCGGUGGCGUUUACACAGGAAGAAGAAAGUCUCACACAGGAAGGAACUCAGCUUCCGCUAAACGGGGAGGAGCUACAACCGAGAGGGGAGGAGUCAGACCUGUUUCCAAAAACAACUGACUUAAGGAAACAGGCAGACUCACUCGUGGAUUCAGAGGUGGGCGAGCGGAGAACUGAGAAGACAGGCGAGGAGGCCGAGCCAGAGCUGAGGAGAAGGAGGUCUCUUUUAGCGGUUCUGGAGCGGAUUGGAAAGACAGAGGAGGAGGAGGAGGAAGGAGAGAAAGAGUUCCAGCUGCCACAGCGGGAGGUAGACACCGGGUUGUCUGUGAACAAAUGCAUCCUGGGGGCUGUCCUUCUGUUCGGCCUCGGCACCAUCUUUUUCUCAGGUGUCUUCAUGGACCUGGAUGAGGAGAGCGACUAUGGUACGAUGGAGCUGAAGGAUGCACAGGAGCCAGUAAAAGGGGAGUGGCUUCAUCCCGAGGUUCCUCCAGUCCCAGUAGAUACUGACAGUUCAGAGCUUCUAAAUAAGUUAGCCGAAGGGAACCAGCAGAUCUUUGUGCUACAAGCCCAACUUCAGGAACAGAAUGAAGAGCUAAAAGUAGCCACGGUACAGGCCGAAGAGGGAGCACAGCAGCAACUGCAGUGGAAGGAGAUGGAGAAGGAAAAUAGUAGGUUGGAAAAGGAGAUGGCAUCUCUCCCUGUCCUUCAGGAAGACAACGAGAGGAUGAAGAGAGAGCUGGAGUGUGUCCCGGCCCUCCAGAAAGAACUAGAAACACUGAGAUCCACUGUGACUGAAUUAAAACUGCCCUCAGCCAGUGAAGCUGCUCCAGCAGCUGAGGAGCGCAUCACGUCGCCCCCCAGUGGCCAGCCAGAGAACAGCGUGCAGGACUCAGCUGGAUCUACAGAGACGCAGCGGAAGAAGCCAAGGGAUGAUCAGCGGGAGAAGAGGAAAGAUGUAAAGAAGGAUACAAUUGACAUGGAUGAGAGGAAGGAGAGAAAUAAAUCUGAAUGGAAGGAAGGAGAGAAGAGGGAGCGCAAAGAUGGAGGUGCAACGGAAUUGAAACGGGGAAAUCAUGAGCAAGGAAAGUUUGACAAGGAGAAAGAUAAGGAUGGCAAGCAAAAGAGACACGGGGAUGAGACAAAAAAAUGGAAGGAGAAAGAGUGGAAGAAAGAAAAGAGUAGCAGAGGUGAAGAAGGAAAGCCAUGGAAGGAUCAGGAAGAGAAUAAAGACUGGAUAGAAAAGAGUGAGAGAAAAGAAAUGAAGGAGGAGAAAGACUGGAAAAAGGCAAAUCAUGACAACCCAAAGGAUGGUAAACAAUGGAGGAGUAAGGAGGAAAAGAAGGAUUGGAAGGAAGGAAAAGACCAUGGAGGAAAGCGCAAGGGCAAGGAGGAGUGGAAGGAAGAGAAGGAAUGGAAGAAGGAGAAAGGUGGCUUUGAAGAAAGUGGCAAAGAGAAAUGGGAGAAAAAAGAUUCAAAGAAGAAAGAGUUGAAGAAAAAUGAUGGUGACUGGAAGAGUAGAAAUGGCAAAGAUCAGAGUAAAGAAGGGAAAGUAAAGGGUGAAAGGAAGCAAUGGGAAGAGGAAGAACAUCAUGGUAAAGAGAAGAAUGAGAAGAAACGGUGGAACGAGCGGAGGAGUAAGAAUGACAAAGAUGACGAGGGGUGGAGGAAGAAAGAUGAGAAGAAACGUUGGAACAAGAACGAGCGGAGGAGUGAAAAUGGCAAAGAUGAUGAUGAGUGGAGGAAGAAAGAUGAGAAGAUACGGUGGAACAAGAACGAGCGGAGGAGUGAAAAUGGCAAAGAUGAUGAUGAGUGGAGGAAGAAAGACGAGAGGAAGCGGUGGGAAAAGAAGGAUGAAUCGUGGCAGAAAGACAACAAGCCCAAUGGAGAUCGGGGAAAGGACCGAUCGAGAUCCCAGAGUCACAAAGAUGAGCACAAGCGUAAAGUCGACCGCGGCCAUGAAGAAGAGAAGAUGUGGGGCGGCGCAGAUCAUCCUCACACACACCUGGACCGGCCCGAGUACUGGGACCAGCAGAGGCGCCGCCUGCAGCACAGCCCCAGAGCAGCGCCGCAGUGCGGCUCCGUGGAGGCGUGCGCCCGCUCCGAGGGGCUGACCCCCGUGGCCUCCCCCGAGUUUGAGGCCGUCCUCCAGGCCUACCUGGCCAAGGCGGAGGAGGCGGGCGUGGAGGAGUCCGUAAGAGAAGAGCUCGGAGCGCUCGCCGGCGAGUUCUUCCGGGACGGAGUCUUUGCGCACGACCAGACGAGCUUCAGAGAGUUCGCCGAAGAUCUGGGAGAUAUUCUGGAAGACGUGGCGGAAGCAGACGACGAGGCGGAGGGAGAGGAGAGCGACUUGGAGAACGAGAUGGAGGAGUUUGAAAGAGAAGUCAAGAAAACGUUUUCAGUGCCCGGAGCUGGAGAGAAGGAGUGGAGGAAAGAGAGCGGGCGAGGACGUGGCUGAGGAAGUGACGGAUCUCAAAGAGCUCCAAGCAAUACUUUACCGACAAGAUGACCUUUAAAAACACACAACGCAAUCACCAAUUACUCACCUUGUGCCACCUUGACGAAAUGUUAUUCUCACUCCGCUCCACGGUGAGUCAUGAUGAAUUGGGAAAAACAAAAGGAAGGUUUUCCUCGAGUUGCAGGGAGCGCGGCGUGAGUAAGUGAUAAACAAAUGGCCGUCUGGCGGGUGAAGUAUAAGAGCAGCCGUGACGGAUGAGGGUUAUUCAGAGGGAACCUUUUCUAUUGGACCACCAACGCUUCCAGGCCGACAUCCGUCAUCCUGCCGUCUGACAGGAUCUCAUUUGACCCCCUCCAUCUGUCCAAGAGGGUCAACUGCUCCGGGUCAUUUGGUGUUUUACUUAUGCACACACUAGAACUUAAUCAUGGAGACGGAGCGUUCUAAAUACUGUUUUGGGAUGGACUUGAGCCAGAAAAAGAUAAGCGGCUACAACACAUUACAUAUCCUUCAAGUUCUCAAUCCAUAAACCACCGCGCCUCUAAGCAAGGCGUCGGGAGGACCUGCAGGUCGUGACGUCCAGCUUCUCACACGGUACCGACAGGCGGCCAUCCUUAUAUGUUCACGGCUUCAGCGUGGCACUUCCUGUCAAUCAUACAUUUAUAGAACGGGUGGCGGGAAAAGUUUAGUGAACAUUUUAUGUGAAUUUAGAGGCGUCUGCAUUUUGUUUAAAAUGUACAUAUUGCUUUAAAUGUGUUUGAAAGUUUGCAGAAUUAUAUGAUUAACUUAUUUUCUAGAGGUUGGCGCUGUAUCUUAAUAUAUUUGGUUGGCACAUAAGAUCUCAACAUGUUGAGUAUGUACGAGUCUUUCUGGUCAACAACUCAAAAGAAAGUUUCUUAUUUGUUUUAUUGUGAAUGUAACAUGCGUUUGUAAUUGAUUAGGUUGGUCGUGGCUCUGAAGUCGUGCCAUGUAGUUUCCAGAAAGGCCUGUUUUUCUUUCUGUUUUUUUCUUUGUCUGUUUAAACACUAACUUGUUAAUUUAAAGGCCUUCAGCCACAUUGCGGUUCUUUUCCAGAGGGCGUCGAUGCAGAAACACGUUACGUGGCUUUGUGGCAGCUUAGAGAAUGUAGUUUAUUUCUGGAUGUCUCUCUGUCACGAAAGCAGAUUAAUAAAUUUGUUGCAUCCCUGUCAUAAAAUAA